CCCUGGGCUCUCCCGCGCGGCGCUCUCGGCGCUGCCGGCGAAGGAGAAGCUUGCCUGCCAGCCCGCCGCCGGGCGAAACUCCUGCCUUCCCCGCCUCUCACAGGCUCAAAGGGCACCUGGCCGGCGCGAAGGGGCGAGGCUCCGCCUCCGCCGCCCUCUCCUUUUUUUCAGGUUGCGGUGAAACUCCGGUGAAACUCCCGGGCGCCGACAAGGAAGGAGGUGGAAGUUCUCCUGUGUUCGCCGCCGGUGCCGCCGCGAUCCAGUGGGAGCCUUGCCGCGGAUAUGGGGCGCCUCUGCCAGCCUUGGCUGGGGGUCCUGGUCUUGGGAGGAACUUUGGCCGUCGCCUCUGUUACAGUGAGAAACCAAACUGUCUUUUCAAAAGGAGGAAGAAGCUUUAUUGGUCAAAAAACCAAUUCAACAAACAACAAAGAAGGAUACAAAAUAGAUGAGUUUGCAACCAAAAUCCUAACAGGAAAACUGACUACAAUUUUCCUCCCUAUGAUCUACAUUAUAGUCUUCAUCAUCGGCUUGCCAAGCAAUGCCUUGGCUCUGUGGGUUUUUUUCUUCAGAACAAAGAAGAAGCAUCCUGCGGUGAUCUAUAUGGCUAAUUUGGCUCUGGCAGAUCUCCUAUUCGUAAUCUGGUUCCCUCUGAAAAUUGCUUACCAUAUUAAUGGCAACAACUGGAUCUAUGGCGAAGUCCUGUGCAAAAUACUUGUUGGGUUCUUUUAUGGAAACAUGUACUGCUCCAUUCUUUUUAUGACAUGCCUCAGCGUGCAGAGAUAUUGGGUAAUUGCAAAUCCCAUACUGCACUCAAGAAAGAAGUCAGAAAUUGCUAUGAAAGUUUCAGCUGCAGUAUGGAUCCUGCUGCUGCUUGGCACAGUGCCACUAUAUCUUAUUAACCAAACUGUUUAUAUUUCUAACCUUAACAUCACUACAUGUCAUGAUGUCUUACCGCAGUCUGUGUUGGCCAACGACAUGUUCCACUACUUCCUUUCCCUGGCUAUUGGGGUCUUCUUAUUCCCAGCCAUUCUCACAACUGGGGCUUACAUUCUCAUGAUAAAGACUCUUAAUGCUUCCAUUACAGAUGCAACAAUUGGGAAGAAAAGGAGAAGAGCCAUCAAGCUCAUCAUUAUUGUACUUUCUAUGUACUUGAUCUGUUUCUUGCCUAGCAAUAUUCUGCUGGUGGUCCAUUAUGCCCAGAUCAAAAGCAGUGGAUUCAGUAACGUAUAUGCAUCAUAUAUUACAGCCCUUUGCCUUUCUACUCUAAACAGCUGCAUCGAUCCGUUUAUCUACUACUUCAUUUCAAAAGACUUUAGGGAUAAUCUAAAAAAUGCCCUUCUAUGUCGAAGUGUGCGCACCACCAAGAGGAUGCAAGUCUCUGUCUCUUCAAACAGAUACCCAAGAAAAUCCCCCUCUUAUUCCUCUAGUUCAAACACAACUAAGUCAACUUAUUAAAUUUGUGCGUACGACACAGGAAUGUCUGGAUUUCCAUGGACAGAACAUGAAACCGAAUUCCAGUAACAUUUAGUAAACAAAUGUUUACAGCUGGUGGACCUUCUUUCCAUACAAAAUUAUAUGAACAAACAUGUCCUUUACAAAGGGAAAAAUCAAAGUGGCACCCCUGAUACGGACAAUAUAAUAUAGUUGAGUUUGGGUUUAGACCAAUACAAGAUUAUUUUUACAAGCGAUUAGCAGGUGUGCAAAUAAGUUUUUCCAUCUUGGUGUUAAUCAAAGAAACAUCUUGCAUCCAGGCACAAGUGAUGCUCCUAACUAAUAUUAACUAGUUUGAGAUUUUAGACAACUUCUGUUUUAUAAGAACGGGGAACGGUAGAAGAACAUUGACAGUUUGCCAAACCUGUUUUUUCCUAAUCCAGGAUCUGUGAAGGCCCUGGAAUACUGUAUUAUUAAUAUCCCAGUGACUGUUCUUUGCACUAAUAUACUUAAUACUUUUAUUUUUAACUAUGCUGUGAAUACGCAAUGUUUCCAGUAAUGUAGCAUGUAAAUUGUAGGCUUACUACAAUAUUUUAAAAUAAAAAUAUUUUAAAUGUUUUUAAUUAAAUAAAGGAACACUUUUAUAUA